AAGAAUCACAGAAUUCAGGUUCUUAAUGAUAACAUAGUUUUUUUCCUUAUAAUCUUUUUUCCACUAAAAUUGCCCAUCUAUUUCAUGCUUCUCUGCAUCGAUUUAUUUAUUUAUUUUUUAUUAUUUCAAUUGCUAAACAACCCAUACAUGUUCAACAGAUGAACCCUAGCUCAGUUUUGCUGGAGGGCUUAGAAUCUUCGUUCAAGACUAUGCCUUCUUCUUCAAAAAUUAAUCAGGCAAAACUUGAAGAAAUUGGAUGUCCGGAAGGAUCAGUCCCUAUUCUGAGAAAAAACAAAAGAAUGCUAAAAGCUGAAGCUAAUUUAUGGGGUUUUGAAAGCAAAUACCAAGCAACUGGAUAUGAUUAUGCUGGAAUUAUCAUGAAACCAAAUACCGGAGAGAAAAUUACAGGAGCUAAAGCAAGACUGGAAUUAUACCAACCUUAUGUUGAAGAUCAACAGUUUAGUGCAUCUAUGAUUUUGCUUCAAUCUGGAUCCACCGAUAACAAUGCCUCUAUCCAUGUAGGAUGGAUGGUAAACAAAGAUUACUUCCACGAUACUCAAACGAGAUUCUUCUCAUCCUGGAGUGUAUGUCCUUCCAUCUUCUUUUUCAUUUUUCGACAGCAAACAAAUAACAGAAAGGAAUCAGCCUGCUACAACAAUGAUUGUCACGUAUUUCUUCAAACAAGUUAUAAAUACUCCUUAGGUGCCAUUUUCAGCAAUGUGUCUAAAAUUAAUGAGAUGCAAUAUGUUGUGCCAAUGUCCUUGGUCCUGGAUACUGAGGCUAAGGCAUGGUGGCUUUACAUUUUCGAUACACCACUUGGGUACUGGCCAGCAGAGUUGCUUAACAACCUAAAGGAUGGUGCUGAUUUAGCAUUCAUGGGAGGAAUGGUCUUCAGCAACAAACCUUAUUCUCCUCCCAUGGGAAGCGGGCAGGAAUUUGGCAAUGGUUCUUUCGAUAAAACCUGUUACGUGGACCAAGUCACAGUAGAGAAGAGUGGCAGUCAAUUCAUGGAUCCAAGCGGCUUAACUGUUGAGAUAAAAAAUUCUCGCUGCUACCAUGCUGGUAAUAAUCGUUAUUUUGAUGACAAAAACGGCUACAUGUUUGCUUUUGGAGGUCCAGGUGGUGAUUUUGCAAAGUGCGCCCACUAAUUGAUAACAAGCUUGUUAUCCUAUCUCCCUAAGAGCUGGAAUUUCCAAGUUAGAUAUCUAAGUUUGAAUAUAAGGAUAUUGAUGAGGAGUUUGAGAAAGGAAUCAUUAUCAUUUUUUGUUUAGUCUGUCUAUUAUCUAACGUAUCGAAGAAACAAGCUUGUCAUGUUAUCUUUAUUUUUUCAAAGAAUUCCUUGAUGUAAUACAAUACGGUUCCAUGU